UAAAUACCCGGCCCGCGCAGGCCUGGCCAUUCGCGACCGGGAGCUGCGCGGGCGCGAGCGAGUAGGGGCUCCGGGUGGGCAGCGGCAGCAGCGGCGCCCCGCGCGGGCUGGAGGCCGCCGAGGCUCGCCAUGCCGGGAGGACUCUAGCUCCCCCAUGGAGUCGGCCGACUUCUACGAGGCGGAGCCGCGGCCCCCGAUGAGCAGCCACCUCCAGAGCCCCCCGCACGCGCCCAGCAGCGCCGCCUUCGGCUUUCCCCGGGGCGCGGGCCCCGCGCAGCCCCCAGCCCCACCUGCCGCCCCGGAGCCGCUGGGCGGCAUCUGCGAACACGAGACGUCCAUCGACAUCAGCGCCUACAUCGACCCGGCCGCCUUCAACGACGAGUUCCUGGCCGACCUGUUUCAGCACAGCCGGCAGCAAGAGAAGGCCAAGGCGGCCGCGGCCCCCGCGGGAGGCGGCGGCGACUUUGACUACCCGGGCGCCCCCGUGGGUCCCGGCGGCGCCGUCAUGCCCGGGGGGGCUCACGGCCCCCCUCCCAGCUACGGCUGCGCGGCGGCCGGCUACCUGGACGGCAGGCUGGAGCCCCUGUACGAGCGCGUCGGGGCGCCGGCGCUGCGGCCGCUAGUGAUCAAGCAGGAGCCGCGCGAGGAGGAUGAGUCGAAGCAGCUGGCGCUGGCCGGCCUCUUUCCCUACCAGCCACCGCCGCCACCGCCACCACCGCAUUCACACCCGCCGCCCGCACACCUGGCCGCCCCGCACUUGCAGUUCCAGAUCGCGCACUGCGGCCAAACCACCAUGCACCUGCAGCCCGGCCACCCCACGCCGCCGCCCACGCCCGUGCCCAGCCCGCACCCAGCGCCCGCGCUCGGCGCCGCUGGCCUGCCAGGCCCCGGCGGCGCUCUCAAGGGGCUGGCCCCAGCGCACCCCGACCUGCGCGCGGGCGGCGGCGGCGGCGCAGGCAAAGCCAAGAAGUCGGUAGACAAGAACAGCAACGAGUACCGGGUGCGGCGUGAGCGCAACAACAUCGCGGUGCGCAAGAGCCGGGACAAGGCCAAGCAGCGCAACGUGGAGACUCAACAGAAGGUGCUGGAGCUGACCAGUGACAAUGACCGCCUGCGCAAGCGGGUGGAACAACUGAGCCGCGAAUUGGACACGCUGCGGGGCAUCUUCCGCCAGCUGCCCGAGAGCUCCCUGGUCAAGGCCAUGGGCAACUGCGCUUGAGGCGCGCGGCGGCGGGACCGCCCUGGGCCGGCCGCUGCCUGGGACCCAGGGAGUGGUUUCGGGUCUCCAGAUCUCAAGACUGCCGGAGCCGCGCAAGCCAGGGCUAGGAGAUUCGGGUGCCGCCUGAGAGCCUGGCCUGCCGCGUGUGCCCCUUGCCUUCCUCGGCGCCGGACACGGUGCGUCUAAGAUGAGGGAUCAGGCAGAGAGGAGAAGCGCCGUGGGGCUGAGCCGGGAGCCCGGCAACUCUAGUAUUAAAGGAAUAACCCUGUGCCUUGGAAACGCAAACUCACCGCUCCGAUUCCUACCGAGUAGGGGGAGCAAAUAUGUGCCUUGUCAUUUUAUUUGGAGGGUUCCUGCUGCAGCAGGCCCCUCUCCCCCGCAAUAGAAGGAGGGGUGCAGCCCCCCGGGGGGGGGGGAGGAGGAAGGUUCAGGGA